UUGUUAUCUGGCGGGUGGGACGCCGUAGUACGUGCGUGGAGGCGUGCGGGCGCGGGGCUGGCGCUCCGCGGACUGAGGGCGGAGCUCGACCACGACGGACGAGUCACCGCACUGGCUGUCAGGUACAGGAAACACUACUUGGACAUAUUAUCAGGGACCAGCGACGGUGAUGUAUACCUCUGGGAUUACUCAACCAAGGAGUUGAUGAAUAAGAUCGCGGUUCAUCCCUCGCCCGUCGCCGGUAUAUGUCUAUUGUCAGAGGAGAGAAUUGUCAGCGCGAGUGAAAAUGGUGACUUGAGUGUCACUGAUCUGAAAGUAUUGAAUUCGGUGUUCGAGAAGCAGGUGUCGUCAACCCUGAGGUCUGUGUGUUCGGACGGUGACGUGGUGUGGGCGGGAGGUGCCGGGCUGCUGCUGCAGAUGGACAUGCUCGCUGUGAGACAACUGGGGGAGUAUGAAGCUCAUCAAGAUCUCAUCAGGUCCAUUUACUAUGAUGCAGCCUCAAAAACCCUCACAACGGCUAGUGAUGAUAAGUCAAUUAAAGUCUGGAGUUUAACAUGA